GCUGUUGUCCUGAGAUUACCGGUGCGUCGGCCUAAGAUCAGCGAGUAAAGCGUCCUGAGCUGCGGAUGGGACAGGUCAAAUUCAGGAGCUUUGACAAUGUGUGAUUCGGAAGAUGAUUUUACGUCCGCGAUGGACAAAAACGUCGCGAAGUCUCUUUCCGAAUAUGUGCACACAUGUGCAAGGUGCCAAAUCUGGUUUUGCUCACAGGAGAGCUUAACCUGCCAUGAAAAGGAGCAGCAUGCCAAGCCAAAGAAACUUCAGUGUCAGUACUGUGAUUUCCGAGGCAGCGCAUUGGCGGUAGGUGUUCAUCGUGUAAGAAAACAUCCGGAGUACUCUCGUGAUGAACAGAAGCUGCGGUGCGAUGAAUGCGGGCAUGAGGGUACGAAGCUGGCCCUGCGAGCACAUCGCUCCAAGCAGCAUCGUGACCAUUCUCGUGACAAGCAGAUUUGCAAGGAGGUGGUGGACGGCAAACCAUGCACGGAAACGUUCUGGUCGGUGGGCAGUCUCAGAGAACAUCUUGCCAAACGGCAUAUGAUUGAUGCAGCCAACCACUCGCUGAAGGAAGAGUUCAGCUCUCUGGAUGAGUUUCAAGCCUGGAAGGACCAGUAUGAGGCUGACACCGGAGCGGUGUACAACGUCGCUUCCAGCCGACCCCGGAGCGGUACAACCGCCCGCUACUUGUGCUCCCGGUCCGGCGUGUACGCACCGGCGGGGACCGGGAAGAGGCGGCUCAAGUCGCAGGGCACGUGCAAGCUGGGCUGCCGCUGCACGUCGGAUGUCAUGGCGACUACCCGAGAGGACGGCACGGUGCUGGUGACGGUGCACCCAUUCCAUUAUGGCCACAGCAUGGGUAUUAGCAACAUCCCACACGUCAGGAUCCCCAGCCUCCACAAAGCUGCCAUUAAGGAAAAGCUGCUGACUGGGGUGUCAAUGUCUCGCAUCAUGAAGGAUGUCCGUGAGGCGUUCGGGGCUGAAGCGGCAGCAGGCACCAGUUCCAGUUGUCCAUAUUGGCUCCAGCGGCGCGACCUCCACAACAUGUGUCGGUCUGUCGGUAUCACGGCAGCGGAUGGCAGUGCAGUGAAGAACCGCAACGAAGUCAUCAGCGUGCAGAUGUUCGCGGAGGAGAUACGAUCAUCGGAUCAGCAGCACCUGUUGGCCUUCAAACUUCCAGGUGAAGCGGACAGCAACGGCGCACUCCGAGAUGAAGACUUCGUGUUCGCGUUCUGUUCGUCAUUUCAGCUGGCGAAGUUCGUACAGCACGGUGCAAAGGUUGUGUGCAUGGAUGGCACGCACGCCACCAGCGGUCACGAUUUUCAUCUCAUAACGCUACUGGUGGUGACGGAGACGGGAGCCGGCAUGCCAGUGGCCUGGCUCAUCUCGAGCAGAGAGGACGAGCCUGCCAUAUCAUCCAUGCUGACUGGCCUGGUCCGCACCUGCGAGGAGCUGGAGCUGCCGUUUCCGACCGUCCGGUUUCUUAUGACAGACAAGGCCAUGGCCUUUUAUAACGCCUGGCUGGCGAGCACCUGCCAGCAUGACACCCAACACAUCCUCUGCGCCUGGCACGUCCUGAAAGCAUGGAAGGGCAAGCUGGCGAUGGUAACCAGGUACCAGCGUGUCUGCAAAGCAGUCUGGCCUGGAAAAGACGAGACUAACUCUGGUCCGUGAUGCCCAAAUGUCCCGUGGCAUAAUUUGCAAGCCCAAAUCCGUCAUUUUCCUGCUUCCCUUCCAAGCUCUGAGACCCGUGUCCUUUCCAAUCCGCAUCCUCUAGGACCUGGUCGCUCGUCAAGAAGUUUAUGAUGCCCUCUGGGGUAUCAUGCACGAACCGGUGGAGGAGAAGGCGGUGACUGCUGCUCACGAGCUGGCCGACAGCCUGAUGACGCACGCCAACACCCGGGCCUUCGGCGAAUAUCUCCGAAACACCUGGGUCGGCUGCACCCGGAAGUGGGCCCUGGGACUCCGGAGCGCAGAAGGCAUCUCCACGAACAUGCACGUGGAGGCCUUCCACCGGGUCUUGAAGUACCAAUAUCUCAACGGAAGGAUCAGCAAGAGAGUUGACAAGUGCAUCGCAGCUCUUCUCAAGUUCGAAACCGACCAGAUGGUGAAGAUGGGCCGCAGGCAGCUGUGGCAAGCUCCAAGCCUGCACGGCGAGCAGAUCGCCAAACGGCAUGCCACGGCAGCGUCCCUAGUGGCUUCCGGCAAACCCAGCGCCGUAUCCGUUCCGGCCAGUUUGCUGCCUACCUGGAAGGUCGCCAGCGGCGACGCCACGCCGGACCACUCCGUGGAACUGGAACACCGCCGCUGCGCCGAUCAGAACCGCGACCAGCGGUGCCAGGAGUGCGGCGUCUGUGUGCACCAGUUCCGGUGUGACUGCGUCGACUGGGUGGGACAGAAACUAGUGUGCAAACACAUCCACUUGGUUUGCCUCCUAGUCACCGAUGUGGCCGCUCAGGCAUGGCAAGGCCCAAGGCCAAGGCCCGACAUCAUCCUUCCGAACACGUCAGACGAGCCCCAGGAGACCAGUGACCGGCCAGGUCGUCUCAGCUCAUACCAGCGCCUCGUCAUGGCGAAGUACGCAGAACAGUUAGCGCGCGUGCCCUCGACAUCAGACGAUGUUCUAAAACAAGUGCACACCAAGCUGCGGGAAGUGGACCAGCUGCUGGCGAUCGGAGCUGCCCACGGCCAAGAAGACCUGCCGGCCGCCACGGGCGGAGACCAAGCAUGGAACGCCAAGGUCAGUACGCAGCCCACGUUCACAUCCCGUCAUCAGAAGCGGCCAAGAUCGCAGUCUGCCCAAGGUAGACACGAUGGCGCAACAGCUCGGGCCAUCGUGGGCUCUCUGUGCGAUGGCGAUGUUGGCUAGGACCAAGUCCACUGUAUUCACGUGGAUCACGCGUACCAGGCAGUCAGCGGGCGAUAGAUGCCAGCUGUUGGCGUGGGCUGGUGUUUGAUAUGUGUGUGUAUGAAACUUCAGGUGUGGUAAUACAACUGGGAGUGUACCCAUAAUUUCCAAGUGCAUCAGAGUACCAUGACACAUUGUCAUGGAAAGCUGUGGUGAAGUCAUGCCAGAAUACAAAUUUAUGAAGAACAUAGCCAUGUAUCAUGCAGAAAUGGUCACAAUAGCUCACUUAUUGACAAGCCAGUUACAUCAGUUGCUAUCACCUAGCACAAGGUCACUCAGGGCCAGCAUAUAGCCAACAUAUCUUACAUGCAAUAAUCUGCAGCUACUGACAUGCCAACAGUCCUUCAGUCACUUACCAUGCA